CCACAUUUGCUUGUUACUCUCUCCCAUCCUUCCCCAAGACCCGAAACCCAAAACCCUAAUCAAAAUAUAUAUCUCUCUCGCUCUCUCUGCACAUCAAUGGCGGACUCUAUUGUCUCGCUGGACAUGGUGAAAGGUUUCUUGUACGCCCAGUACAACGACGAGGAAAAGUGGGCCCACAACAUGAAAUUGCUUCGGGCUGUGGGGCUUUUUGCAGGAUCAAUAGUUCUGAUGCGAAAUUACGGUGAUCUAAUGGCAAUAUGAGGAUAUUGAUUGGGACUGUUCUUAGUUGGCUAGCUUUUCUUAAAAAUGUAGUGUCUCUGUUUGCCACAUUGAUCGUGCUUAUCAUACCAUUCAAAGGCGCGUUUUCUCCAUGUUUUCGACUGUAGUAAAGAAAAUGAUUUCAUUCUGUUUCUGAAGCUUGUUGAGAAUGCUUGUUACCAGUGUUUCUACAGAUGAAUGAAAUGAUCGACUUUAGUUGAUGAAUAGUUAUGUGUUUGGAUAAAAUAAAUACAUUGAUUUUACUA